AUGAAACCACCAAGACCUCCCAAAUAUCCUCGCCUCCAGGAGCCAACAAGACCUCCAAAUAUCCUCGCCUCCAUGAAACCAACCAAGACCUCCAAUAUAAUCCUCGCCUCCAGUGAGACCAACAAGACCUCCAAUAUCCUCGCCUCCACCAACCAACAAGACCUCCAAAUAUUCUCGCCUCAUGAACCAACAAGACCUCCAAAUAUCCUCGCUCCAGGACCAACAAGACCUCAAAUAUCCUCGCCUCCAGGAACCAACAAGACCUCCAAAUAUCCUCGCUUCCGGAACCAAAAGGACCUCCAAAUAUUCCUCGGCAGCCAACAAGACCUCUCAAAAUAUUCCUCGCCUCCAGGAACCACCAAGACCUCCAAUAUCCUCGAACCAACAAGACCUCCAAAUACCUGCUCCAGGAACCAACAAGACCUCCAAUAUCCUCGCCUCCAGGAACCCACCAAGACCUCCAAAUAUCCUCGCCUCAGAACCAAAAAGUCCUCAAAUCCUCGUCCUCCAGAACCAACAAGUCCCCCAAGUCUUUCGCCAUCCAACAACAAGUCUCCAAAUUAUCCCCGACUCCAGGAACCCCCAAGACCUCCAAAUAUCCUCGCCUCCAGGAACUACAAAAUCCCCCAAAACCCGACCUCCAGACCUCAAAUCCCCCAAAUCCUCGCCUCCAGGAACCAACAAGAACCUCCAAAUAUCCUCGCCUUCCAGGACCAACAAGACCUCCAAAUAUCCUCGCUCCGGAACCAACAAGACCUCCAAUAUCUCCGCAAUCAAACCAAAAAGUCCUCCGAAUCCCGACCUCCAGGAACCAACAAGUCCCCCAAGUCUUUGCCAUCAGAACCAACAAGUCCUCCAAUAUCCCGACCUCAGAACCCCCAAGACCUCCAUAAUCCUCGCCAGGAAACUACCAAAUCCCCCAAAUCCGACCUCCAGGACCUAACAAAAUCCCAAUCCUCGCCUCCCGGAACUACCCAAAUCCUCCAAGUCCUCGCCUCCAGGAACCAACAAGUCCUCCAAGUCUCGCUCCAGGACCUAACAAAUCCCCCAAAUCCUCGCCUCCAGGAACCCCCAAGACCUCCAAAAUCCCGACCUCCAGGAUAA